UUCUGGACAGAAAGCAGCCGCAGCUAUGGAAGAAGAGCUGAAAUGCCCCGUCUGCGGGUCUCUCUUCCGCGAGCCCAUCAUCUUGCCCUGCUCGCACAAUGUCUGCCUGCCCUGCGCCCGCACCAUCGCUGUGCAAACGCCGGAGUCCGAGCAGCAUCUGCCCGCCAUGCUGCACCCUCGGGGCCCCGCGGCAGCGGCGAUGCCAGGCGCUGGAGCUCCAAGCGGGCCGGCUUCUCUGGACUACGAGUGCGGCGCCGGCGGAAGCAGCGGGACCGUUGGCGGAGACCAUGCAGACAAGGUGAGCUUGCACAGCGAGACGGACAGCGGCUACGGCUCCUACACCCCGAGCCUGAAAUCUCCUAACGGGGUGCGAGUGUUGCCCUUGGUACCUCCGCCUCCGGGAUUAUCGGCCGCGGCGGCUUUGGCGGGGGCCCGCGGGAGCGGAACCAGCUCCUCGCUCACCUGCCCGCAAUGCCAUCGCAGCGCUUCCCUGGAUCCUCGCGGCCUGCGCGGCUUCCAGCGCAACCGCCUCUUGGAGGCCAUCGUGCACCGCUACCAACAGAGCCGGGCCGCCGCUUCGGCUACGGCCAAAUGCCAACUGUGCGACCGCAGCCCUCCGGAGCCGGCCGCCGUGCUGUGCGAACAGUGCGAGGUGCUCUACUGCUCGGCUUGCCAGGUCAAAUGUCACCCGUCCCGCGGGCCUUUCGCCAAGCACCGCUUGGUUCCUCCCCCCAGCCAGCAGCAGAGCGCCCCUACCGGCGCGGGCGGGGCGUGCGGUGGCGGCGGCAGCAAAGGCCCGGGCCCUGCCCGCAAGUCCCCAACGUGCGCGGAUCAUGAGCUGGAGAACUACAGCAUGUACUGUGUGACCUGCCGGACCCCCGUCUGCUAUCAAUGUCUGGAAGAAGGCAAACACUCCAAGCAUGAUGUGAAAGCCCUGGGAGCCAUGUGGAAACAGCACAAGGCACAACUGUCCCAGGCUUUGAAUGGCAUUUCAGACAAAGCAAAGGAGGCAAAAGAAUUUUUGGUGCAGCUGAAAAAUAUUUUACAGCAGAUACAGGAAAAUGGCUUGGACUAUGAAGCUUGUCUGGUUGCUCAGUGUGAUGCUUUAGUUGAUGCUUUGACUCGCCAGAAGGCCAAACUGCUCACAAAAGUUACCAAAGAGCGUGAGCACAAGCUAAAGGUUGUAUGGGACCAGAUAAACCACUGCACUCUGAAACUGCGACAGUCAACAGGACUUAUGGAAUAUUGUCUAGAAGUCAUCAAAGAAAAUGAUCCUUCUGGUUUCUUACAGAUUUCAGAUGCAUUAAUCAAACGUGUUCAAGUAUCUCAGGAGCAGUGGGUCAAAGGAGCCCUGGAACCCAAAGUAUCUGCUGAAUUCGAUCUGACAUUGGAUAGUGAACCGUUGCUGCAGUCAAUCCAUCAGCUGGACUUCAUUCAGAUGAAAUUUCCUCUUUCAGUACCCCCAGUGCCACUCCUGCAGCUGGAGAAGUGUUGCACUCGGAACAACAGUGUGACACUUGCCUGGCGUAUGCCACCCUUUAGUCACAAUCCAGUGGAGGGAUACAUCUUGGAGCUCGAUGAUGGAGAUGGUGGCCAGUUUCGAGAAGUAUAUGUGGGCAAGGAAACCUUGUGUACAAUUGAUGGUCUUCAUUUCAACAGUACCUACAAUGCAAGAGUGAAAGCCUUUAAUUCAUCUGGGGUAGGCCCUUAUAGCAAGACGGUUGUUUUACAAACUUCUGAUGGUGAGUCUUUGAAAAAAUAA